GAGAAACUCAAGAACAAUCCUGGUACUUGUUUACUUCGGGAUAGAUGGUACGGAGAUAACAGUUGCCAUUCUUCUAGUCGGGACAACCUGGCCCAGUACAGUUUCCCUCGGCAAGCUGCCUUCUUUGGCCUGACUCAGGAACACAUAUUUGUUCAGGGGAUAGUGGAGCUGUGUUGCGAAUUGAGGUAACCGUUGUGGGCUUUAUCAAGAUUCCGUGCCGUCAAAAGUGCACAUUGAGCGCCUCUUACACCACAUUAUUUGGAUUCUGCAAGACUUCCUAUCCUCCGUUAUCUGAAUGCUGCCCUCGGCUGUUCUCCUCUCAUUGGUCUCUCGGUCAAGCCGUUGACAUAUCGGCUUCAUGGCGGGCCCAGGCGUGCCAAGUGAAAUCGAAGCUUAUUACGUAGUAGUCGCAUUGGGAAUCGCAUGGUAACCGCACCCUCUUUUUCGUGAGAUCACUUCCCUGAAUAUUUGACAGGUUGAAGUGACAGCGGACGAUUACCUUGCCUUACCUCUUUAUCUUAAUCUAGAUCCCCGAGCCCCUCUCCUGUCCCCCGCGCCGCUGUACUUGCCGAUAUUUACACGUUACGCGUUAUCUCUACUCGGGAUUCGAGACCGUUCGGAGCAACCUACUCUCUUAAUGUGCCUUGCCCGUAUAUAACAAUCGCCCCAUCUCUCAGAUAGUCUGGAUCUCACUUUUGCUUUGCUCUCGUGCCAUCCUGCCCCUUCUGUGUUUUCGGGUACCGAAGGAAACAGGCCAACAACUUCAAAAUGCCGGGCUCAAUCGCCCGCAAUGAUGGCUCUAUUGCCAAUGCCGAUACGGCACUGGAGAAUAUGGGCUACAAGGCCGAACUACCGCGGUAUUUGAGCAUGAUGUCUAUCCUUGGACUGUCCUUUGCCAUUAUGGCUGUUCCCUUUGGUCUCAGCACUACCAUGGCAAUUUCCUUGACUGAUGGCCAGUCUGUGACUGUUUUGUACGGGUGGAUCUUUGUGUCUAUUAUCUCUCUUAGUAUUGCCGCCUCUCUAGCCGAAAUCUGCGCCGUCUAUCCUACAUCCGGAGGUGUCUAUUACUGGUCUGCUAUGCUUUCAACGAAGAAAUAUGCCCCGCUGGUUUCGUGGACCACUGGCUGGUUCACACUCGUCGGAAAUUGGACAGUCACACUGAGUAUCAACUUCUCAGGCGCUCAACUGAUUCUCUCCGCAAUCACCAUCUUCAAUCCGGACUUCGUGGCUACUCAAUGGCAGACUGUUCUCAUGUUCUGGGGAGUCAUGUUGAUCGCCUUCCUCGUCAAUGUCUUCCUAGCCAAAUAUCUCGACUUGAUCAACAAGAUUUGCAUUUAUUGGACCGCAGCUUCGGUCAUUAUCAUCAUUGUCACAGUUCUCGUGAUGUCAGAUGACCGCCGAAGUGCUGAGUUUGUUUUCUCUCAUUUCGAUGCUUCCGCGUCUGGCUGGCCAUCUGGAUGGGCUUGGUUUGUCGGUCUUCUUCAAGCUGCAUAUACCCUCACAGGAUACGGUAUGGUAGCAUCUAUGUGCGAAGAAGUCCAGAAUCCGCAGCGCGAAGUCCCAAAAGCCAUGGUCCUUUCCGUCGCAGCCGCCGGUCUCACCGGUCUCAUCUACCUGAUCCCAAUUCUUUUCAUCCUGCCCGACAUCCCUCUUCUUCUAUCCGUAGCCAACGGACAACCCAUUGGUCUAGUUUUCAAAAUCGCAACUGGUUCUGCAGGUGGUGGUUUCGCGCUCCUCUUCCUCAUCCUCGGCAUCCUCUUCUUCGCUGGAGUAGGUGCCUUGACCGCCGCCUCCCGCUGUACCUACGCCUUCGCUCGAGAUGGCGCCAUCCCUGGUAGCAGACUCUGGAAGCAAGUCUCUCCACGCUUCGACAUUCCCCUUCUCGGCCUCGUCCUCUCCACAAUAGUCGACUGCAUCCUCGGCUGCAUCUACUUCGGUUCCACCUCCGCAUUCGGCGCCUUCACUGGCGUCGCCACAAUCUGCUUAUCUGUCUCGUACGGAAUCCCCAUCCUGGUCUCCCUCAUCCGCGGCCGUCGUGCCGUUCGCCACUCCACUUUCUCGCUGGGCAAGUUCGGAUUCUUCAUUAAUGCUGCGACGAUAGCGUGGAUUAUGCUGGCUAUUGUGCUGUUCUGUAUGCCGACUGCUAUUCCGGUUACGCCUGUGACCAUGAACUACGCGAGUGUGGUGUUCAGCGGCUUUGCGUUGAUUAGUGUGAUUUGGUAUAUUAUUCGCGGGAGAAAAGAAUUCACAGGUCCACCUGUGCCGGUUGAUGUUGAGCCGGAGCAUGAUGGGGAGGUAGUUGGGGGGUUAGGUAGAGUUAUGACUGAGGGGGAUGAUACCUUGAAUGGGAGUGCUGGCGGUAAGAAGACUAAUGAGAAGCGGUAGGUUGAUGGAAUGUUUACUGCAUGGGAGAAAGGUGAGGGUAAUGUUUCGAUGCUUGUGCAGCAAAGGAGUUGGAGAGGGAAAAAAGAGAGGUCCUGUGUAGACUUUCAUCAGUCGAGAUAUAAUUACCCAAUGUAUUAGAUUCUGGAUUCAAGGGAAGAGCUUGGGAUAUUUCCCAUCUGUGAUCCGAGUCCUGUGCAAAACAUGAAGGUUCAUAGAGUUGGACCUCUUGCGAAGCUGCAAUCUAUCAAUCUCAUCAAAUCAGAGGAAAAAUCAGGGUGGGUCAUGCCAUAGGGAGAAGACCCAAUGGAAUGUAUCUGCCUAUCGUACACAUUAACUCAAGCUUACAAGAUAAACUUCAAACCUCUCUGUAAGACAUCUUGCAAAAGCAUUCUGAAGUCAAGCAAGGAGUGCAAAGAGACCAGACAAGCGAAGCCGAUAAUAAAGACAAAGAGUAACGACAAAUCAAAUCAAUUUCAAGGAAUGCUUGCUAUGUAUGCGACAGAGAAUGCAACCACCACCACUACCUAACCACAAAACCAAGUCAUUAAACUAUGCACAUCUUGAGAGUCUCCUCAACCUCAUUACAUCAAAUCUCAUCGUAGAUACCACCACCAAUCAAGACUGACUGGCAAGGUAAUUCGCAGCCUGUUGCAAGCACAUGUCAGAGAGUUAGAGUCAAUGAUUAGCAGGUUCACAACUCACCCUUUCUAAAUUGUAGUCGUACUUCUCCAGUGCGGCGAGGGCGUCGUUUCUGGGGUAUCCCAUUCCAGUCAGGUUCUUCAGGAUUGGGUCGUCGUGCACGCCAGCUUCUGUGAGCGCUCUACCGAUUUGGGGACGCUCGGGUGGAGGGCUAGUAGAGGUGCCAUUACCGAGAGGUUUGACGGUCUCUGCGGAUUUGGGAGCUUCAGUGGCUGUCGGAGGAGCAUCAUCGAGACCAGCAAAAAUGGCAUCCCAGUCUUGAUUGUCAUUGACAGGAGCGGCUGUGGUCGAGGUCUGGGUAGUGAUUGGAGAUUGAGUGAAAUCUCCGAAGGCAUUGUUACUUCCUCCGAAACCAUUACCUUGUUGACUGGAAUGUUCUUGGCCCUUUGAUUGUGGAGGGCUAUCGAACAUAGGAUUGAAAUCAUCCAGACCAGAUCGAUCAUGGGCAGAGACAUUAGCAAAUUCAUCAUCGGCAUCGCCUUCUUUAGCAUCUUCAAGGCCAUCAAAAUCAUCGAAGUCGUCGUCAAACGGUAUCUUCGGCGGAGCGACUGGUUGAGCGGAAGUGGACGGGGCACCAAACGGUGUCUGUCCGCUUGAAAAAGGCCCUGAUAUCUGCUCGGGAGAGGCAGAAGUUGGAGUUGGGACAUCACGGGAAGGAAGAAGUCCAAUGUACUGCUGAGCUUCCGCAUGAGCUUGAUCAGUCGACGUAACAGACUUAUCAUAUGCGGGAGGUGACGAUUGGGCGCCAGGAGUCGGUGGACUGGUUCCAACACUCAAUGCAGACGAUUGCUGGACAGCGGUUGGUCUUGCAGCGAGCAGAUCAUUUCCAUCGCUUAACGCGGGUGCUUGUGAGCCACUGAUCUUUCUCGCAUGGCCAGGAGAGGCUGGAGCAAAAUCAUCAUCAAACCCGCCGCCCUCGCUGUUACUGUCGCUGUCUUCGUCAUCUGCUAGUUCUGCAAUGGGUGGAAACUCCUUGUUAAACCCAGUGGCAGCAGCGGAUCCUGACGCUGAAGAGUUCCCCGUGUUCGAGCGUUCUUGCUUUUUGGCAGCGCCCCCGAAGCCUGCAAAGGCAGAAUCGAAGUCGUCCUUGGCUGUUCCGGUUCGCUCUGGUGCCUUGACCAUUGCGAAGGGAUCGGUUGUGGCAUCACUCAAAGUACUCCCGCCAGUAGGAGUUGCGGUGAUGGUCGAGUUAGAGUCGCCUGGGAAAGCUCCUGGAAUGGAGUCUUUAUGAUCUGGUGCGUUAGGGGAGGCAUUAGAAUUUCGGUCGAUACCUGGGGACACGGCUCUAGCAGUUUCUGUUGGGCCUGCAGCUGACGAGCCUGUCGGUGUCGUUCCCAUAUAAUUCGUAGGUGUAUCAGCCCCGGUAGAGCCUUCUCCAGAUCGACUAUUAGGAGCGGAUACCUGUCGGGAGGAGGUUACAGAGUCAUCGUGAGAGGGAAAGGGCAGAAAGCUGGAGCUGAUCUGCCUAGACUCUGGAGGUGGGGGUGGAAUAGUGGUGGUAGGAGGAAGCUCUCGGUUAGCCGUUGGCGGAGGUGACGACGAUUGGGAUCCAAAACCGCUUCCACCUGUCGUCUGUGACCGAACUGGAAGUGCAGAUGCAGACCCAACUGACGGAGAACGGUUGCUCUCCUGCCUAAAGCUUGUUGUUGGAGCAUCACUGCCAGCU